AUGGCAGAAGUUGUAUGUAACGCCACACAAACCCCACACUUGCCUUUACGCUUGCCUUCACAUGCAGACGCAGAGCCCUCGAUUGAGGAAAUUCAUCUGAAACCUUCUGCACUUCGCCCCACAACCGCCAAUAUUCUUACUGACACAUCGUUUGCUGCUCUACAGGAACAUCCUCUCCACGACCGGAAACCCCGCAAAUCGGUGGCAUUCAGCGGCGACAACACCAUCAUGGACGAGAACGGUGACAUUUCAGAGGCUCCCCCUUCCGGGCCGGAGGACAAGGUCACAGCCGAGAAACACUCGUCACCCCCCACAGACGCCGCCGUCGACGAAGUCACCGACAUGUUCGCCGGGCUCAACAAGAAGAAGAAGAAAUCCUCCAAACCGAAGACGGAAGACAAUGAAGAUGGCGAAGCAGCAGCAGACGGUGACUUCGACGCCUCGGCCUUGAAGAAGAAAAAGAAGAAGUCCACGAAACCCAAGACUGAGGGCGCUGAGGACUUCGCCGCGAAGCUGGCCCAGGCUGGUCUUGCAGAAGGCGGAUCCGACGAAAAGCAAGACCAACACUCUGCGACGCAAGACCAAGAUGGAGACAUGGAUGCCGGCACCGGAAUCUGGGCCCAUGACGCCACAAGCCCCAUUACUUACGCCCUCCUGCUGAAGCGUUUCUUCGAGACCGUCAACAAGAAUAACCCGGACAUUCUGAUGUCCGGUUCCAAAUCCUACAAGAUUCCACCCCCGCAGUGUCUCCGCGAAGGCAACAAGAAGACCAUCUUCGCGAACAUCCACGAAAUUUGCUCGCGCAUGAAGCGUACCGACGAACACGUCACGCAGUUCUUGUUCGCCGAACUGGGUACCAGCGGCAGCGUGGACGGGUCCAAGCGAUUGGUUAUCAAGGGUCGGUUCCAGCAGAAGCAGAUUGAGAAUGUCCUGAGACGGUAUAUCGUCGAGUACGUCACGUGCAAGACGUGCAGGAGCCCGAACACCAAGUUGGAGAAGGGCGAGAACCGACUUUACUUUGUCGAAUGUCUGAACUGCGGAUCGAGGCGGUCAGUCACGGCUAUCAAGAGCGGUUUCACCGCCCAAGUCGGCAAGAGAAAGAGGCUCAAUGGUUAA